GAACUGGCCGAGCGAGCGUGAAGGUGGCCAGGCAGGUGAGCGUCGCUGUGACCAAUGUCAAACAAAAACAAACCUUCAUUUCAUCGAGUGAACAAGAGGGCGAGCGAGCGAAGGAGGGUGAGGAAUUGAGUCGUGUCCUCUAACUUACCUCCCGUCGCCAAAACACAGGGAUCACACGCCUACUAUCGCCACACCUCCCGAGCGAGUCAUCGAACACGGCCACGCCCAUGGAGCUUUUGUAUUAUGGGUCUGGUUGAACUCCGGCACGCUCCGAUCAUGCUUUGGGUUGAGUGUUAGACGGAGGAGGUAUCAUGAAGGCCAAGAAACGCUACUUGCUCCUCUUGGUCUCCGUGGCCUUCUUGGCUUUAUGCGUGUUGGGCGUGAACCGCCUGAAAAAGGGCGGGAGCGAAGGGGCGGAGAAUUGGAAACGCCGUCGGAAACGCCUGAGCGACGAUCAGUACAAAGAUCCCCGUUGGCUGAGGGAAGGCGGGGUUGAGAGGCCGGGCAGCGGGGGCGUGCGUGGCUCAGCGUGCCGUUUAGAGACGUGUUUCGAUUUCUCGCGCUGUUCAUCUUACCCGUACAAGCAUUACAUCCAUCCCGUGGACGACAAGGUCAAGAUGAGCGAGAAUUACAAGAAGGUCUUGGACAUCCUACGCACCUCGCCUUUCCACACGGACGAUCCGGAUGAGGCGUGUCUGUUUAUCUUGUCAUUGGAUACUUUGGACCGGGACAAGUUGUCGGACGUGGGUUUUGUGGGCAACAUGCCCAGUCGCUUAGCAAACUUGCCAUUGUGGAACGGAGGCAUGAACCACCUCGUGUUCAACCUGUAUUCGGGCACCUACCCGGAUUACACGGAAGAUCUCGGGUUUGACAUCGGACAGGCCAUGUUGGCCAAGGCGAGCAUCGCGCAUGAGAACUACCGCGAUGGCUUUGACGUGUCCAUCCCGUUGUUCCAUAGCGUGCACCCGGAACGCGGAGGCAUGCCCGGAAAAGUGAUUUCCGACCGAUUUCCCGUGAUCCAUCGCUACUUCCUGGCCUUCAAAGGCAAACGCUAUGUGUAUGGGAUUGGUUCGGACACUCGCAAUUCAUUGCAUCAUCUUCACAACGGGCAAGACAUCGUGCUAGUGACCACUUGUAAACACGGCAAGAACUGGAAAGAGCUGAAAGACGAUCGUUGUGAUCGGGACAACCAGGAGUAUGACAGAUGGGAUUACGAUCUCCUCCUGUCCAACUCGACGUUCUGCAUGGUUCCUCGGGGUCGGCGAUUGGGGUCAUUUCGGUUCAUCGAGACCUUGCAAGCUGGCUGUGUGCCAGUGCUGCUCUCCAACGGUUGGCAGUUACCCUUUGGGGAGGUUAUCGAUUGGUCUGCGGCUAUCAUCGAUGCGGAUGAGCGACUUCUGAUGCAAGUGCCCGAGAUCCUGCAUUCCGUGCCUCCGGCCAAGAUCUUUGCCAUGCGUCAACAGACCCAGAUGUUUUGGGAUCGAUACCUCAGCUCGGUGGAAAAGAUCGUCAUGACCACUCUGGAGAUUGUUCAUGAUCGCAUUCGUUCCCACCAAGCUCGUGAUGGGCUCAUUUGGAAUUCUGACCCAGGCGCACUCCUUGUCCGCUCGCCUGACUUUGCUGAUUCUAUUUCGCAAUUCCCCUUUGAGCACUUCAGGCUAGAUUCAUCCAGAUAUUUGUCUCCAAACUCCUCCUCCUCCUCCUCCUCCUCAUUGACGACCAGGGAAGGCCACAGUGACGGGUUGGUCAAGAACUUUACCGCUGUGAUAUUCACCCAAUUACCCAACCCAACCUUCCCCAAUGCGCCCAUUUUUCGACUCAUCCGGAACAUCUCACGAAGUCCUUUCGUGGCGAAGAUUCUGGUGUUAUGGUCUUCGAAAAGCACGCAGGGCCCACCACCAUUGAACAAAUGGCCAACACUUCCGAGAAACAUCUUGCAAAUCAAGGUUCUCCCUCCAGGUUCUUCACCAAACGAACGGUUUCAAAUGCUUCCAGAAGUCGAAACCAAUGCAAUCUUGUCGUUAAAUGAUGACUCAAUACUCACCACGGAUGAGAUAGACUUUGCAUUCCACGUAUGGAACAUGUUUCCCGAUCGUAUUGUGGGAUAUCCAGCAAGGUCACACUAUUGGAAUGUUCUCAAAAACCAAUGGUCGUUUUCGUCCAAAUGGACCAACGACUACUCUAUGGUGCUCACAAGCGGCGCCUUCUACCAUCGAUAUUACCAUUACCUUUACUCAGAGACACUCUCCCCGGUGAUGCUGAAGACAGUUGAGCAAUCUGGGAUUUGUGAGGAUAUUCUCAUGAAUUUCUUGGUCAGCCAUGUUACAAAACGAUGCCCUAUCAAAUUGAGCCAGAGAGGUCAAAUCAAGGCUGUGAUAAAUAACCCAGUGAACAGGCCGUCGUGGACCAAUCCCGAAGCCUUCCACGAACGUCAGAACUGCAUGAACACCUUCGCCAGCCUUUUUGGAUACAUGCCUCUGAAGAAAUCGAAGCUACGUUUGGAUCCCGUUCUCUUCAAGGACCAGGUGGCCAACACUCGGAAGAAGUACCGCCAAAUGGAACUCAACUGACAAUGGAAUCAGCUUCAAUGUGUUUUUUAUUCGUGUUAUACACUGAACUUGUUGCUGUUCCUGAGCAAAUCAAAACUCUAGCCAAUUCUAAACAAGCCCGAAUGCGAAACAACGGUCAAAAUCCUUCAAAAUGACCCACACCAAAAUGUCAGAGGAGCCUCUUGAAGUUGCCUCUGGAAGUUGCCUCUGAUAAGGGCGAAGGCGUGGACACUUCUUAGUAAUAAUUCAAUGCAAAAUAAAGCUUUCCGUAAAAAGGCUAUUGGAAACGGCAAACACCCUAACCAAGAUCUCAAGACUAUCUUUCCUCAAUUUCCAUUAUCGGUCUGGAAAUAAAGUUCUAACACGCUUGCUUGGCAAAUUGCUGGCCAUUUUUGAUCUGUUCAAUGUUGUUCUAAACAUUAACCGUCACAAACUAUCCAUGAAUUGAUCGUGAUUAUUGAUUAACCAUAUUUGGAAGUGUUAUCCAGUUGUGGAUCUGUUAUUCGAAUCGAUGUAUGUUCAGAAUCUAGCAACUAGAAAUUUUAUAUCUUCUAUGACACUUUGUAUUCCUGACAAAAACUCACGAAUAAAUUCUUUCAAACGGA